AUGGAAGAAUUUGAGAUCUCUCUUCCCAACGGAGGUAUAAUCUCUGGUCGUUUCAAUCUCCCGACCACAUCUCAAAAGGCAGCCCAUUUGCCACUUAUUGUCUGCGUUCCUGGCGGUAGCUAUGAUGCUCAAUAUUUCGAUGUUGACGAGAAUUAUUCAAUUACCAGCACGUCCGCUUGGGCAGGAAUACCCACCAUUUCCCUCACUAGACCCGGCUAUGGAAGAAGUACUCCUGCCCCAGUGGAUCCCAACGAUGAAGACGCAACCCACGGUCAACUUCAGGGAAAGUUUCUGAAUUCCACCGUGCUACCGCAGUUGUGGCAGCAUUUCAGAGAGCGUUCAGGAGCAACAACCAUCGUGCUCCUGUCGCAUUCUAUUGGAGCAAUGAUCGCCACUAUCACGGCCGGAUGCUACCAGGGAACUGAAGGCUAUCCAUUGGGAGGGCUCAUUACAUCUGGAAUCGGCACCGAACUGGCCGAAGGCCCGCGAGGAGCUAUGCUCCAUUUGUUAGCUGAGACUACCGGCUCUGUGCAGUUCGAUGCGAGCCCAAAAGACGCUAUAAUGCUCCAAAUUCCCAUGCAUAAUCUCACAGAUUAUGAAAUGUCUCGCCAUACAGCCCGGCUUAAUCGGCCUGUACCCCCAGGCGAGCUACAUGACAUCAACAUGACUUGGCUAAGCUAUUGGCACAAAUAUGCGGGUGCUGUCAGUGUUCCUGUUAUGUAUGCGUUGGCUGAGUUUGAUGGGCUUUGGAUCAAUUCUGCUCAAGCAUUGGAGAGUUACAAGGGUGCAUUCCUGGCUAGUCCGAAAGUUACUAGUGAGAUGAUUCCGAUGGCUCCGCAUUGUAUCGAGUUGAGCCUGCAGAACAGAGCUUGGUAUAUGAAGUGCUGCUCUUUUGCCUUGGAGUGUGCCAACUGGUACGGUUUGCGGCGGACUCCGUCUCCUGGACCUGUUCAAGGAGAGCAACAAGACGCGGAUAUGGACGGUGCUUUGCGUCAGAGCGGUAUUACUACACUAGUUUAUAGUACGACGCGCUUUGAGGAAUCGGCACUAAAUGAGAAGUGA